UCGACGCUCGCGCCACGUGCUAAGAUGCCUCGGCGGCUGUAAUAUAGUUCGACUAGAGUUUGGAGCACAUGAAGGGCAACAAGGUAUCGUCAGCAUCAGAGACCCGGCUGAUCGAGGUGGGCGCGCCGGCGGACGGCAGGAAACACAACAAGAUCAAGACCUCCCGAUACACGCUUCUCAUGUUCAUCCCACAGAACCUCACGGAGCAGUUUAGAAGGAUCGUCAACUUUUACUUCCUCGUCGUUACUUUUAUAGCCAUCGUUAUUGAUAGCCCGGUGUCACCGCUGACGAGCAUUGCGCCGCUUAGUUUCAUGGUGAUGGUGACGGCCGUCAAGAACGGGUACGAGGACUGGCUGCGGCAUAAGGCUGAUGGUCGAGUCAACAACCAGAUUGUUGAAAUACUCCAGCGCGGCGUGAUCAAAGAGGUCCGAAACUCCUCCAUCGCACCAGGCACGUUAGUACGAGUGAAGCGAGGCAAAGAGGUCCCAGCAGACUUGGUGCUGCUGUGCGCAGAGGGGGAGAAGGGAAAAUGCUUCGUCACAACGGCGAAUUUGGAUGGGGAGACAAAUCUAAAGACGUUGAGGGUACCGCCUCCGCUAGUGGGGUAUACUCCUGACGUCCUGCCUCAAGGCAUGAGGAUCGAGGUCCCCAACCCGGUGGCAGACCUGUACACGUUCUACGGCCGCCUGGAGAUCCCCAGCAUGGAGAGCCUGCCCCUUACCACCGACAACCUGAUGCUGCGGGGCUCCAGGGUCAAGAAUACUGAGUGGGCCAUCGGGUGUGCGGUGUAUACAGGCGAAGAAACCAAACUGGCGCUCAACUCAAAAUACGCCGGCAACAAAUUCUCCUCCUGCGAGCUCGCAGUCAACGGUUUCCUGUUCGUCUUCAUCGCGAUCCUCGUCCUCGAGGUCUUCAUCAGCUUCGGCCUGAAGGUCUACAAUGACAUCCACUAUCAGAACAGGGAUCUGUACCUGGGGCCUAGCCUGUACGGCGGGACUUCGGCUGUGACAGUCGCAGGGAUACUGCAGGAUAUUUUUUCGUUCUUGCUGCUGUACUAUUACAUCAUUCCAAUGGCGCUGUAUGUUACUAUUGAGCUGUAUAAGUUUACUGGCGCGCUAUUCAUCGGUUGGGACGAAGAGCUCCGUUGCGAGGAGACUGGGAAGCCAGCCAUCGCCAACACCUCAGACCUGAAUGAGGAACUGGGGCAGGUGGAGAUCCUCUUCUCCGACAAGACGGGCACCCUCACCAAGAACAUCAUGGUGUUCAAGGCCUGCUCCAUCAAAGGGAUCAUAUAUGAGGAGCGGGAUAAGCUGCUUUACGAUAUUGGGAGGUUUGAAGAACCCGUGGAUACUAGGCAGGCAGACAUCAGAUUCUUUUUCAAAAUCCUCGCUCUCUGCCACUCAGUCCAGAUAUCCAACGAAGACAUGAAAAGACUCAGCGCUCGCCUAUCCAUGACCGGAGACCUCCAACUUAUGAACAUGUUUAGAAGAAAGAAACCUAAAAAAGCCGUGGCUAACGGAAAUGGCGUAGUUGAUACGUCUACUUGGAAUGCUAUGAUGAGUGUUAACAACGUUGGACACAUAGAUUAUCAAGCUAGUAGCCCUGAUGAGAAGGCUCUAGUCGAAGCGGCCGAUAGACUAGGCGUCACGUUUCUGGGUGAAGACGGAAACAAUCUAAUAGUUAAAUUGGGAGAUGAGACUGAAAUGUACGAGAGGUUGCAGAUUAUCGAAUUUACAUCAGAGAGGAAAAGGAUGUCUGUUGUUUUAAGGGAUAAAGAUGGCAAGAUCUGGCUGUUCUGCAAAGGUGCAGAAAGCGCGGUGUUUCCGCUGUGCGUCAACCAGAUCAUGGUUGACGACACCAAUGUGGACAUCAACUCGUUCGCUAACAAAGGUCUGCGUACCCUCGCCAUCGCGUACCGGGAGAUACCUGAUGAGGAAUACGAAAAGGUUUGCGAAUUAAUAAAGAAACAAGACGUUAAAAGCGCGGAAGCCCUACAGCAAGUAACACACCAGUUCAGGAUGCUCGAACGCGACUUGACGUUAGUAGGUGCGACGGCAGUGGAAGACUGCCUGCAGGAUGACGUGGCAGAUACGUUAGCAUCAUUACGUCGUGCGGGACUCAGGAUAUGGGUCCUAACAGGGGAUAAGGUAGAAACUGCAAUAAGCGUAGCUCAGUCCUGCGCACACAUAUCAGAAAAUAGUAGACAAAUGUACAUAAUAGGAGUAGACAACGACGAAGCAAUCAAGUCACAUUUAGAAGAAUGCAAACGAAUAUUAGCGGAGCCGAGCUACAAAGAUAUGGCUCUCGUAGUGGACGGGAAGAGUAUGAGUUGGAUUUUGGAUAAGCCCGCGGCUCCUGAGUUUACUGAGAUAUCUUUGCAGUGUAAUGCUGUGUUGUGCUGCAGGCUAUCUCCUUUACAGAAAGCUAAAAUAGUAAAAUUAAUAAAGCACAGUCCAUCAAGGCCGAUCACCGCGGCCAUCGGCGAUGGAGCUAACGACAUAUCCAUGAUCCACGAGGCCCACGUGGGCUUUGGGAUUUUUGGUAGGGAAGGCUACCAAGCCGCUAGAUCUGCAGACUUUGCUUUUACAAAGUUCUCUAUGGUAAAGAAGUUCCUACUAGUUAUGGGGCACUGGUAUUACCAAAGAUUAGCUACUUUAAUACAAUAUUUUUUCUAUAAGAAUAUAGUACUUGGGAAUUUAAUGUUGUUUUUCCAAAUAAACAGCGCGUGGUCGACGCAGUCAAUAUUCGACUCGCUGUAUCUGACGUUUUUCAAUUUAUUUUUCACGGCGCUGCCGUGUUUGGUUCUCUCCGUUACUGAGCAGAGGUGGCCUAAAGAAUUACUCCUAAGAGACCCGACGUUAUACAGAGGCAUAAGCAGGAACAAGCUCAUGUCGUGGUCGCGGUUCUCCGCCUGGCUGCUGAUAGGAGUGUACCAUUCCGUGAUCAUUUAUACGUUUGGCGCGCUGGCGAUAAAACACUCCGUGAUCAACGCUGACAUGAAGGCUAUGGACGUUUGGGUUUUUGGAGCCGUCCUGUUCCACCUUCUCGUCCUGAUAACGAACCUAAAGCUAUGGCUGCAGGCUCGCUACCACACGUUUUACUUCGUGCUCAGCAUCCUACUGUCCGUGUUAUUUUACAUCGGCUUCAACCUCGGCUACUCUCUUAUAAACUUACAAAUAGACGGUGCAAUACUCGGCACGUACACCCGGCUCUGCUCGUCCCUGUCCUUCUGGCUGCUAAACGUACUAGUUGUAGUAACAACACUAGUACCUGACUAUUGCUAUCGAUACUUGUCAGACAGUAAGAGCAAGCAGUUCGUUGAUACUGGAGGCUCUGUCUUUACCACUAGAUUGUGAAAUGUGUCCUUUAAGGUUUCAACAGACGUGUUUACAAAUCCUGCUGAUCAUUGCUGGCUAAGUAGGAGCAACGAAUUCAAUCGAUCGACCAAACGCCGCAAUGUAUUGCAGAUCACAUGCGAUUAUCGGUGGCAUUUGGAGAGGCUAGGGCUUACUGUUAUCGAUACUUUUCAGAUAUAUUAUAAGUAAGGGAAAUCAACUUGUUGACACUGGUGCCAAUGUUUUUACCACUAGUGUGCUAGAGUCUUUUGUAAGUGUCUAAAAAUAUAGUUUGUCACACUUGUUGCUGCUAAAGAUAAUGAAAGAUGACUACUGAUAAUGAGGGUGCCAUAGACAAUAUUCCUUAACCACAAAUAUUCCGGAUAUGGAGCAGUUGUGAAAAAAGUUUUUUGGGAAAAAAGGAAUACGCUAUGCUACGGGUUAUUGCAUUAGCAAAUACGACUAUUUUUUAGAACAAUAGAUGGAUCUUUGUAAACGUGCCAUGAUUGGCUUACGUAAUACAGGGUAUAUUGAUUAGUCAAGUUAGCUGAUUGAAUCAAUUAAGUAAAGAGAACGCCAAGCGUUAAGUCGAUUAAGUGAAAUUAGUGAUAAGUAAGUAUUUAGUUAAAAAGUAUUAACCUACUUACUUCACAGCUGUGCAUUAACACAUUUUUUUGUGCAGGUACCUAAAUUAAAUAAUAAUUUAUAUUUUAGUAAUUAUUAUUCCUAUUUUUGGCGUAAGUAUCUUAAAAAAAAGCAUUGCUGUUAAACUUUAAAUAUUAGACAUACAACGAAAAUAAUAAUGUUAUUUUUUAAAUUGUGUAAGUAAUUAAUUAUUAACUUCUUAUAUUCCUUGCCUAUCUACUUUUCGUAUGUAAUAGGUAUUAAAAAUACAUUUACAGUACAUAAUUAUGGUGCUACUUUACCGCUCUUAGCACAUUAUGUUCCUAACUAUGCUGAAAAUUUAAAGGGCCAUAUGUACUGUAAAACGUAAUGUACGAUACAUGUGCGAAUAGGUACUCGUGUCGAUUUAAAACACUAUCUUCGGUCGUGUUUUAAUUUAUGGCCACUCGUUGCGAAUUUCCUAUUUUUUGCACUUGUAUCGUAGUUAGCAGAAUAAUGUACUUUUAGAUAUUUCUUAUCAUUUUUGUACGAGUUAAUACAUACGCACACAUACGUAAUCUACUCUGAUACCUACUAGAAAAUUAGAAAUAUGUCCAUUUACAUACUUGGACCAGUUAUAGUACAAAUAGAAAUAAUGAUACAUAUUUACAAGCCUACAUAAGUAUUAUAAAAAAAUACAAUACAGGGUUAGUAUUUAGAAAGUGUUGUUAUCGCGUUGACGAAUCGAGCUGUGAAUGCUGUGAUUUGGUCAAGUUUCAGUCAAUCCCCCACUGCGCUGCGGGGUUGAGAUAAUUUUAUUAGGGGUGUGUUGGAGUGUGGCUAUAGUACUCUGUAUUUGACAUGUAAAAAAGGCACGCACCUUUUUUUAAUGCGAAACAGGGCUAUAACCGCGAAAAUCGAAGUUCGCAAAUUGCGGGCAUUUUUCUCCGUUACUCUAAUUACGCCUUCAUUGGAGUAAAAGAGAAAGAUCCCCGCAAUUUGCGAAUUUCGGUUUUCGCGGUAGCCCCUCUGAUUUUUUAGUUUUGUUCAGGUUUUUUUUAUUUUUAGCCUGUUUGAUAGUCGUUUUAUCGUUUUGUACUUGUUCCUAUAGGUAUUUGCAUAUCUGCCUAUAGUGUAUAAAAUUUAGGAAUGUAAGAGAAUUUUAGUUAAAAUAUUUAAUAAAUGCCAAAAACAAUU